CUUACUUAUUUCCAUCCAUGAGAUAUGGAAGAAAUCAAGGGAAAAAGUUUGUCUCAUUCAUUCUCCCUUUACUCGCCCCUGAUACUUGCUUUUCCUUUUCUAUCCCUUUCUCAUCUCACUUAAAAAAGCCAUCCAAACAAAGCUAUUCUUAAUGCGACACCUGAUUCUGUGCUAAGUGUCUUUUGUUGUCUGCUGCACUCCCUCUUCGUUCGAUGUUGUCGAGAAUCUGAGUGAGCUUCGUCUUCUGUGCUACUCUAGAUGGGUGUUGACUGAUGAGUUGAGUAGAUCGUUUUAUUAUGCAAAUGUUUUGUUGCGUACAAAGAAAGCUGUUCCUUUUGCUUUUUUGUCAAUACAAAGUCAAGUGAAUUUGGAUCCUAGUUUACAUCGAACUUUUCUUGGUUCCUGAAAAGAGAAAACCCAUCUACUGCAUAUUCAGAUUGAUUAAGAAGCACUGGUUGGUAGUUCUUGGUAGUUGUACUACAAUGCCAUUUGUUCAGAAGUUAUAUGAUACUUGCAAGACAUCCAUGUCUACUGAUGGACCCAUUUCUGAAGAAGCCCUGGAGAAAGUUCGAGCCGUGUUAGAUGAGUUGAAGCCUUCUCAUGUGGGUCUAGAAAAGGAGGCUCAGUUGGCGCGGGGAUGGAAAGGUUCUUUGAAUGGCGCUAAUGGCAAAAACGCGCGCAAUGGGAGUUUUCCGUAUCCACCCCCUAUUAAGUACAUUCAUUUGCAUGAAUGUGACAAAUUCUCUAUUGGAAUCUUCUGUAUGGCUCCUGGUUCGAUUAUUCCGCUUCACAAUCAUCCUGGAAUGACUGUUUUGAGCAAGCUUCUUUAUGGUUCACUACAAGUGAGAUCAUAUGAUUGGCUUGAGUUACCCAAGUCAUAUGAUCCAUCUCAAGUAUUUGCUGAACAAGAAAAUAAGAUUCAAGAUUCGGUUGCAGCAAGACCAGCAAAACUUGUCAGAGAUUGUCAGAUGAGUGCUCCCUGUAGCACAACAAUUCUUUAUCCAAACAGUGGUGGCAACAUCCAUUGCUUCAAAGCCUUGACCCCUUGUGCUCUCUUUGACAUUCUUUCUCCUCCAUACUCAUCAGAAGACGGGCGGCACUGCUCCUAUUUCCGGAGAUCACCAAGAAAAGAUCUUCCAGGUGUCGAGGUUGAACAGCUGAGCGGGGUAAAACCAUCUGAAAUGAUCUGGUUAGAAGAGAUUCAACCGCCUCAAAACUUGGUUCGGAGGGGGCAAUACAAGGGCCCUGCUAUUAGACGAUGAAGGAGACAACUAAUUUGUAUUUAAAUAACAUUAGUCAGGCUUGACUAGAAACUAAAUAUGAUCUUAUUAUUAAUUACAGAUGCUACAUGUUGGGAAUAAUUGAUCAUCUGUUUUCUGUGGCUGUUAACUGUACAUACUGUGAAGAUAAAUGAUGGCAUUGAAUGUUAAUUAUGCCUUAUGUA